AUGGAUGACUUACAUGACUCUCAAACGAGCACGACUAAUACUCCAGAAGUUAAUAGAGAAAAUUCAGAAGACAAAGUAGAUACGAUAGAAGUGUCAAUAGCGGAACAGCAAAGACAGCACGAAAGGUCACUAGAGGAAGCAAAUGACCCUACAUACCCACGUUUAUCAAUAGGAAAGAUCCAGACGAUAGCUAGAAACGAUCCAGAGUUUAUGGAAACUACUACAUCUGCCUUUAUCACAACAGCAUUUUUAACAGAAUUAUUUGUACAAACUUUAGUAAGUGAAUCGAUAAAAAUAUCUGAAUACGAAUCUAACAAAUGUAGUUCCCAUGCAGAAACAACAAAUUUAAAGUAUAGCAAUAUUACUGAUUGUAUAGCGAUGAAUGAACCUUUCCAAUUUUUGAAUGAUAUGGUCCCAAGAACUAAAAAUCUUGGAGACCUCGUCAGGGAAAAUAAAGUAAGGUACACAACAACAUCAGAACCACAGCCUGCAGUGACCACUAAUGAUACUAUUCAAAUUGAUCUUAACGAAACAGAUGACGAAUGA